CGGUCCAAAGAUAGACUGUUGUUUGACGGAACUUAUUAUCAGUAUUUGGUCAUUAUAUUAAGAGUACCGCUCGCAGUUAAUUUCUCUGUCCAAAGACUAAGAAUUAAUGUUGCAUUUGGUAUCUUAUGAUGGGUUCCCAAAAAAAAAAAAAUUUGGUAAAGUUCUUGUCUUGUUUAAUUACGUGGCUUGAUGUGUGUUUUCUUUUAUCUCAUUAUAGUUUUUUCGUGCUUUGGUUUAUAUGUUUCUGUCGAAAAUAAAGUUAACUCUUCUGUUAAAUGGGAUGAAUCUAAAGAAUUUAAAGUAAAAUUCAAAACAAUUAUUCUCGAUAUAUAGACAUUGAUCUUGCGCUUUUAUGUGGAACAAUCUCUAUUCUACUUCGGAAAAUCUCAAUGAGAUUUAAUAAUAGCGAAUAGAGAGAUAUCCAAUUCAGUGUGCAUGAUGAUCAUUAAGCGCUCUAUUCGAUGAAUAAUUAUGGGGCUAUUAUACUGAGAUGCCUCUGAGGUUUAUUGAAGUAAUAAUACAGUAUUUUGCCAAAAACAUAGAAGGAUCCGGGGUAAGCUGCCUAUUGGGGUAAUUUAAUCCAUAAAGUAAAGGCAAAAUGUACAAGUGUAUUAUAUUUUGGAGGUGUCAAAAGAGAUACUCAACACUUGGUUUAAUUUAUCUUCCUCCAUGAAGUUUUAGGUGAGUACUAAUAUUCACAAAAGAAGAGGAGGGAAGAUACGAGAUGAGACUGAACUCAAUCACUAAACCUCAAAUUCUCAGUAAAGGAACAAAUAGAGAGUUAAGGAUGUUAUGGUUUCGUUGAACUCUUAAGGACAUAGUGAGGAGUAUUUCUACUUACUAGACUCCAUUUGGAUAAAAGCCAUAAAGAUUACAACGUACAUCCUUAAAUUGAGUAUCCAUAAAGUAGUUAAUGUAACUAAUACGUGCAAUAAGGUACUUGCACAUUUAGAGUUGUCCAAAUAAGGAAAACCUUAUAAGGUACAAAAGGUAUAAUGGACAAAAGGAUACAAUUAAUGAUAUGAUCCCAAAUUGCCAACCAUUCACGUCACAAUUACUUGAUAAAGAAGCUAUCGAAGUUGGGAAGAAGAAAGGCAGAAUUUGUUUAAGUGUUGGGACAGUUUCGAAAUGCCUACUUUGGAGGCAUGGUUCUCACAAUUGGUUCACUGAAAAUUGGCUUUCAAGGGCUUGUUUUACAGAUAAAGUUGUCAUGUUUCUAAUGGUAUGCUUCGAGGAUCCAGAAGAUGUCAUUAAGGUUAUUUUCCAAGGCCUCAAAGUUGCUACCUCAAAACUGGAAAACUGCCAGAAAAUGGCUAAGGCAGGAAACUGUUUUUUGAAGCCUACUUUGGAGCUCAAUUCAAGGAGCAUGGAUGGGAGUCAUGUCAAAAGGCUUCCACAACAUGAAACUAGGUAUGUUUAUCUACCAAGGGAAGGAAUCGGAUGAAAUAUUGGAGUUCGGGAAGGCCUCAAACGCAAGGCGCAAAGUUAGUACGAAAGCUGUCUUUUGACUGUUUUGCGGACAGCUUACUUGUGCUUCAAGAAAAGAAGUUUAAACCCGAAUUUUGUGUCCUUUUUAGUGUAGAAGUUUACCUUAACUGUUUCCUAGUUAUACUAUGAUUCUAUUAGGUUUUAUUUGCCUUUAAAUAUCGUUCUAUUUCGUUGUAAAAUUCAGACUUUGUUGAAUAGAAAAGAAACCGUUUGGUUUGUGCAAGUUGCGACUUGUUUUGGGUUUGGUGGAUUCCAAACUUGCUGAGCUUGUGUAUCGAUUGAAUAGUCACUUCAAUCGUGGUCGAGCAACUACCCUUUUAUACCAAUCGAGCUAUCCCCAGGUGUGGAUUUGUCCUUUUGGUUCCGUUUUAUCCAAGUUCGUAUUAAGAAUGCUUCGUUUUUGAUUCGAGCUCAAUCGAUUCUUCGAUUGAGUCGUUAGCUGCGUGACUUUGAUAAAGAUACACCCCCCAGGGGCGUAUUAAUUAACUUAUACCUUGUUGGCUACUCAAAAGCACUCUCGAGGCUACAAGUUUUAUAAUCUCACAUCAAGAAGUUUUUUUUUUAAUGAGAAAUGAGAAAUUUCUUGAGUAUAUUGAGUUUUGGGGGGAAGGAACCAUAUGGAAAUGUUGUUACUGCACAAACUCAACAAACUCAAGAAAUGCCAUCAAUUAGGAUAUCCACAAAGCAGUUGUAUCUUCUUUAAACAUAAGGAUGACGUCAGGUUGACUAAUGAUCAGGUUCAUAUUAGUCUAGUCAUGCACAGUUCUAGUUCUGAAGAGUGGAUUGAUGCUAUGUGGUGAUGUAAAAGAGAUAUAUAAGGCACAAUGGUCUCUAAAGGCUUUACUCAUAAAGGAAAGCAUUGACUCAAAGAGACUUUCUCUCUGGUAUAUUUGAAAGACUCUUUUAGAAAUAUGAUGGCAAUGAUGGCUCAUAUAAGCUUCUCAUUAUUGAUAUCACAAAUUCAUCUUGUUAUUAGCUCAUUCGGAUUUAGAGACUAAUGUUGGAGAUGAUUGUGUAUAUCUUAAGUUCAGUGGGAGUAAAUUCGUUUUCCUGUUUUAUACAUCAUGGUUGUUCUACUUAAGGUGCAAGUAGAAUAAGUUAGUAAACCAGGAUAUUUUUU